CUUGGGUUUCAGCCGCCGGUCAUGACCUAUGGUUAGCAGGGACCACCAUCCAGAACGGCUCUCUGCAACAUCAUGCGUCCUGCUGAUAUCUUUCCCUUAACUUGCCGCUCUUACCCCGUCCUAUCUUUUACUUAUAUCGUGCGGUCCUCCUCUGCAGAUCUUCAUACGGUAAAGCCCAUCAUCGCAUUCAAUCCACUCUUGCCUUGGUGGCUUCUUGCGUCCUCUCUUCACAUAACCUUUCUCUCCCUCCUCUUCCUCCAUUACUCUCUCGAUUCUGUUCUUUUGUCUUGGAUCGUUCCCCCCUUUUUCUUUCCACAGCCGACCCCACUGGUUGAUCGAUAAAAGGACUGCGCUGUCCCUUUGCUUUCGUCCUCCUUAGGAUCUCCCUUGCGGUCCAUUGAACGGCGACACCCCUCAGAUGCUGGGCAUACUGCCAAGGAAACUCCAAUUCCCCUACUGAUUCAUUCAAUACGCUCUCAACCUUCCAUAACUCUUGCAACCUCCUUCAGGAGGCUGUUCUUUUCGUAUCCAACAGCUUC